AUGUUACCUACUCUAGAAGGCGAGCCAGUUACCAAGUUCAAAAAUAAGGAAGAAGCUAUCAUUGAUCUGGUUCAGUUAGUGUUACUGGGUAUAUGCAAAACUAUUCAUAACGAUAUCAAACCCGAUAAUGUGGUCAAAUAUGAUGGUCAUUUCUUUUUGAUUGAUUAUGGCAUCUCAUUACUCUACCACUCUUUCAAUGGAAAUCAAUGUUUUGAUAAGGAACUUAAACCAAUCAAAUCCAAAUCUGUACUCACCACUCCUCUUUAUGAUUCCCCUGAAAAGGCAAAGGAUGGAUGUGUUUCUCCAAAAAGUGAUUUGUAUUCUUUAGGAGUCUAUUUCUUCUAUUGA